AUGACGAUACCUUCUAGGAAACAUUGGCCCAAGAGACCUCUUCUUGAUUACUCAGAAGAUGAGUUCAUUCGCAUCAAAGUUGGCACCGAACCAAACCACAAGAACUUCAACGUCUCCAAAAUCCGUCUUGCCUACUACUCACCUUACUUCCGUACAUCCUUGAAUUUUCCGAGAGAAGACAGUCAGGUCAUCGAGCUUCCAGAUAUUUGUCCCAAGAUAUUUCGUCAUAUCGUCCAAUACAUGAACACUGGAACAAUUAUCAUCCCAGAGUCUGAUGAGGUCAUCGUAGACCACAACUAUCCAAAGAAUACUCCAAGGGAACGGCAACUGGAUCUCCCUAUCCUUGCCAGAAUUUGGUUUCUAGCUCACUAUUUUUUGAUUCCUCACACUCAGAAUAUUGCUAUACGUCUCAUGCAUGCACGCUUAAAAUAUAGCGCAGACCCACUAGUAUUUAUCGUCGACGAAAUGGUUACUGCGUUGAAUAUCGCAUGUGGUGCGGAAGGAACUCUGGUCGCAGAAGACAAUGGUGUAAUCAAUCUCUUACGGCGUUGGAUGAUUUGGGUCACAAAAACUGACGAUUGGGCUGACUAUCAAAGGGAGCGAGUUCCGGUAGAGAUUUUAGAUAUCAUAGCAGCCACUUGGGAAAACUAUAGAAACUCACAAGAAUAUGGUAUCCAUAGACCGACGGGAUCCGGGAUCGGGAGGGCAUGUCACUAUUAUGUCGAGAACAAGAUUGACGGGGGAGAUGUCGUGAAGGGACUGCCAGGAUUCCCACGGAACAGAGAUUCGGGCGAAGAAUGAGCAAAAGCGGAAGGAGAAACGGAAGUCGGAUUCAGGUUUUCAUUGGAUAUAGCCAAAUCCACUGAAUCGAAACUAAAUAAUCUUGGGAUUUACAAGUUUCCGAAGAACUACACUGCUCUCCUUCUCUUCGUUCUCUUCUAGCGAAUGAAAAUUUGUUGCCUAAAUAACAAGACCUUAAAGAUAUGAUUACAUGUAUUCCAACACUGCAGUGGUAUCUACGACUAAGA